AUGGCCUCUCUUGGUAACCUUGACACAGGGCUUUAUAUUUUCCUUUUCUUUUGCUUCUUCUUCUUCUUCAUCAUCAUCUUUUAUUUAUCCAGUUUACUUUCUUUUUCUAUAUAUCCUCUGUGUUUCAUUUUCAUUUAGUUUGCCUUUCAUUGUAUCCUAAAUGGAACACUUUUAGUAAACAUUGAUAUUGAAACCCCUGAAAACAAACUUCUUAUCUUAGUAUGAAAAGCGGCUCCUUCAGAGCAUGUGAGGUUCACCCCAAUUCAUCUCCAAAUCUUCAAAGGCAGAGUGUGAUACUGGUGUCUUUGCCCUGGCUAUCAUAAAUCAUCACAUAAGAAUCUCUGCUGGCAGAGCGGCAACAGCCAAGAACUAGCCAGCGUCCCCCACCCUGGAAGUCACUGCUUCUGUCCCUUUUGCUUCACCAAAGAGAUGACUGACGUUAGAGAUGGAGCAGAUUCAUGAUUGAACCAAACAAAAUCCAUCCCAAAAUCCAUGCCAGAAAAGAGCCAGGCUUUUGGAAUAUCAGCUUCCCAUAAAGAUGCCCCCGAAAGCCAGUCAACCAAUUAAAUGAACCCUAAAGUAAGUCCUCCCAUCUAUCUCCCUUCUGUUCUUCCUCUCUCACAAGCGUUAAGGACCAUUGUUCAAUAAUUGGGGGGGGGGCUCCAUUUCUUGCUGAGGCUGUAAUCCAUUUCUCUUUUCUCUGCAGGUGGUGAUGAAUUGGAAAUGAAGAACAUGGGAGACCAUGAUGAAAUUCACACAGGGGAGAAACGAUAUAAAAAUUUGGAAUGUGGAAAGAGCAGUCGAAGUUCCCAUUCAACUUCCCAUCAAAGAAAUCCCAUUGGGAAGAAACCUUAUCAGUGCUUGGAGUGUGGAAAGAGCUUUGGUUGGAGGGCUCAUCUCACUGUCCAUGAGAGAAUUCAUACAGGGGAGAAACCAUACAAGUGUGUGCAGUGUGGCAAGAGCUUCAGUCAGCGGGCCAAUCUCACUACCCAUCAAAGACUUCAUACAGGGGAGAAACCUUACCAUUGCUUGGAAUGUGGAAAGAGCUUCAAUGAAAAGGCCAAGCUCACUUCCCACCAAAUAAUUCACACAGGGGAGAAUCCUUAUCAUUGCUUGGAAUGUGGAAAGAGCUUCUCUCGGAGUGACUCUUUCACUUUCCAUCAAAGAAUUCAUACAGGGGAGAAACCCUAUCAGUGCUUGGAAUGUGGAAGGAGAUUCAGUCAGAAGGGAAGUCUCAAUUCCCAUGAAAGAACUCAUAGCUGGGAGAGUCCACAUAAAUGCUUGGAAUGUGGAAGGAGUUUCAGUCAGGACUCCCAUCUCAUUUCCCAUCAAAUAAUUCAUACAAUGGAGAGACCGUAUAAAUGCUUGGAAUGCGGAGAGAGUUUUAGUCAGGAGUCCUUUCUCACUUCCCAUCAAAGAACUCACAGCAGGGAGAAUCAGAAUCCCCUUGAAUCAUUGAAUUGUUGCAUUGGAUUGGAUGGUGAGAGUCGUCUUCUCCAACCCCAGCAAUGA